ACGAUGAUUUAUUCGUGGCGGACAGCGGACACGCGAUUAUUCGGAAUAUCUUCGAACGGAUUGGCACCCUUCUGUUCUCGAUGGACAGUAACAGUGUGACAUUGACGUUACUCGUCGAAUUAAGGUGUUCCAGCGAUUGGUUGUACACCUGACUCAUUUUCACUCUCACGUCGAAUGUCCACCACUCGUCUUAACGCUGACAACGGGGGAAUAUCUCUUUCUUGGGUGUCGUAUCGGUUCCGUCACCGUAGCAGAAUCCACCGAAGCAGUCGUGGACGAAGUCAAAAUUCUGACGACCUAGAUCAGGUAUACGCAGAUGACGCGAUGACGCUGCAUUGGUGGAUGCACUGGUUCUGGGUUACCGCUCAAUUUCUCGUGAUCUUAGGGAACCCAGUGCCAUCGAGCAUGGCGGAGCCCCGUGUCCAGGUGCAAGAUCACCUGAGCUCAGAAUCGACGCCCGAACUCUCCUCCGUGGACACGGAGACCCCGGAACCUCGACAGAGCUUCCGCGUCGCCAAGGCGAUCGGUCUUCAUCCACCCACAAACGCGGCUUUGACCUUCGAUAGACAGUUGACGACCACAGUCUCAUCAGCGAUGGAGAUCCAAGGCAACGUCGUCGAGACGAACACCAGCCCCACUUUGGAAGAGUUCCGCAGGAACAUCAGCAACACGAUAAGCAGCGAUCAGAUUUUAAGAGCCCUGACUCCUCAACGGACGACAGACACCCUGGACAGGGUUCGAAACCCGCCGACGAAGAAGGACACAAAAAUCACGUGGAUCCUAACGAAUAAAACGGGCAGAUCGAAGUACGAACAAGAAACGAAGGUGGACGAAAACAGUUACAGAAACGGAAGCGCGGACCAAGUCGAGGAUCUGACGGUGCUGCCCCUUCAGGAAGAGGUAUCUAGAAUCAGGCUGGUACUGAACAAAACGAAAUCCUCUACGUUCUUGUCCGCGUCCUCGUCACUGGCUUCGUCCGCUGGCGGAUCCGGCGUCAGAACAUUCAAUCGUUCCGACGACGACGUCGAGAUCGACGAGGAAUUCGUCGAGCCGCAAAUGUUCGCCACUGCUGCCUCGAUCCUCGAAGUCGGUGUGAGCGAGUCCACCCGGUUGAGCCGAGCGAGGAGCGCGUUUCCCAAAGAUUUCCAAAGGGAUCAGGUCCAAGAGGAUCAUCUCUCAGAUUACAACGACAGCAACAGCGAAAACUCGAAGCAGGAAGGCUCGUCGAGGUCCACGGUGGACAUAGCCGCCAUUACCGGAAGCAGUCUGCUGGCCGUGGUUUUGCUCAGCACAAUGGGCAGCCUUGGGUUCAUUAUGUACAGACGCAGAUACCUGAAUCCACCGCAGACGCUAAACAGCGAUAAAUGCAGUAAUCCCGAUAGUUCCGGUUAUAUCGACGAUUCCACUAUUCGAGAUAAUUCCGAAGAAAUGUACAGCCUGGAUAACGACUCGUUCCUAAAUUCGUUAGAGGCGAUGACAAUACAGAACUACUGGACAGACAGCGUCAAGCACACGAAGCUAUGACAAAAGCAGAUAAUCCAGUCCGGAAAGAGAAUCGAAACGUUCAGUAUUUCCGACGGUGAAGCGCACGAACAAAUUUCAUUGUUGGAGCAGUAGUACUUACUCGUCGCGUGCUAAGCGUUUUUUUUUUGUUUGUUUUUAAUUGGACAGAAGACCGUGGACCGUGCCGGUUUCCUCCUAAUUUUGAAAACGAUCCGCACGCGAAACAAGCGAACAAAGCGUUUUUAUCCGUUCUCAGGGGUUUCUGAGCAAACUCUGUCGGUCGUGCAGUUUCGCGUAGAAAGCUGACGGUACAUCGAAAUUACAAGACGCGCACGCAUUCCUAAAUACGUGUCGGAUAUCUUACAUCGCGCACGAUGUGCGACUCGCAAUACGUAUAUGCCUGAAUUUUCGUUUCGUCACUAGCGCCGUUCCCUAUAUUUUUCUACCGUGAAUGCGAUUGGACAGAAGUGAACGUUUUAGAAGUGAAAGCGACGACGACGCCGUCUUCAUUCGGACUGCAGUAAUCGGUUGGUGCAAUAACAGACAUGUACUUUAUCGAUACGAUUAUUAACGAUAAACUUUUAGAACAGUAAGUACAAAUAAAACCAUUAAUUUUUAGUUAGGGAUCAUUAGGGAAGAGACGAGCGUUAUUUAAUAAGAACGAAUUCCUACGAAUCACCAGAGAAAUACUUCCGAAUACUAUACAUAUAUACAUACAUAUAGAUAUAGUAUAUAUAUAUAUACAUACAUACAUAAUAGUAUACAUGUAUAAUAUAUAUGUAUAUACAUGUAAAUGUAUGUGUAUGUAUAUAUGUACGUACGUAUGUAUGUUGUAUAGUAUAUAUACUUGUAUUAUGAACUUCAAUUUGUAAAUCUGUACUUACGUAUCUGUUUCUAAUUUGAGAUCAAGCUUGAACAUUUUUCACAGUGUUCAAAGUUUAAAGAGUACACACGGUUCUAAUAGGGUAAUAGAAACCAAAACUAAUCGCUUGCACAUAUACACGAUCAGCUUGAAAUAUUUUCGAAACAGGAUCGGACUAACAAAAGGAUCGGACCAAAUACAAUACGUAGUUUCUAGCUUUACGCCUUUAUAACAUAUCCAGCAGAAUGAUAAAAAAAAAUAAAUGAAUAAAUAAAAUGGAGAUUCGAUUCAAGUUUUGCACUACAGUUCUAGCUUGUAUAUAUGUACAUGUACGUGCAGCGUACGAUAAUUACAGAUGUAUCUUAUAAAUGUGCAAAAAAAUUUUGCGUCGUUUCCCUGACCCGUCACACCCACGGAAUACGAUUUACGUUUUAGUAGAAGUUAGUGCGUGUUUGUUCAAAUAUACAUACAUAUUUCUAUACGAGCCUCGCGCGAACGAGGAAGAGAAUUUAUUGUGAUAGAUCGUAGCGUUUAAUAAAUGUAAAAAUUAUCACCGAUUCGUCUUAUGGUAAUGGUUGUGAAUAAACCCA